CGACCAACUACUAGUACUAGUAUCUCCAAGCACCUCAUUCGCCGCCGCCGCGACAACUCGCUCGACAGCCUCCCAGCUGGGCUCCUGCCCGUGUAACGCGCAACAUCCCCGUCCUUUUGCUGUUCCUACCUCGGCAAGAUCCAAAGCUCAAAGCCGAGCUUUUGACGAUGCUUUGGCACCAGCGGAAAUCCGAAAACGCCGCCUCACGAACCUGAAUUCCUUCUCAAAGUGCGUGCGCCAGACGGUAUAAUAGAAUGCAAGCAGGCCUCAAGCCUUCAACCGCUACCUUUGACCGACCUAUUGAGCACAAUCUCUUCUUCCUCACUGCUCUCCAACUCUCGGAGUCGUUGAGAAUUUCGCAAUGGGCACUACCAGCUACUUUGGCCGCCCUGAAGACGGCGCUCGCCGCCUUGGGACCGACUUCGACCUCCUCGCGAAGUGGUCCCGUACUUUCAGACUGCGGGAACCUGUCCACUCGUAUUUCCUCACCCAGCUCUCCGAUGAGGAUCGGGCAAAGCUAUUCAGUGGGCCUGCAGAAGAGUUCAAGCUUGAAGAAGGGCCCGACAAGAUCGUCAAACUUCAGACGGUCAAAGAUGAGGUGGAUAGGAUCGACGCGGAGGUUCAGGUUAUGAUGCGAUCAGCAGGAUACAUGCGAUCCGAGGCUAGACGACUCGAAAUUCUCGAUGCGAUCGAAGAUGCCCGAGAUGAGGCAAAUGGUGCCGCUGCUUUGGCGCUAUCGAAACAUCUAAUGGAAGGCAUGGACGGCCCGCUCGCGGAGGAGCUCGCAGAAAAAGUCGCCAAAGAAGUCUUGGAUUCUGCAAAGGCGCAGGUCAGAGCUCGGUGGUUGGCCGCCAGGCUCGACCGACUGAGCCGAAUGGUUACGGAGAGUAACGAGCUCACGGAUUCGAUUGAUGCUUGCGGCGUCACGUCGGAAGGCAUGAAGCUCAAGACGGCAGAUUCUAGCCCAGUGGGAGCGGAGUAUCUCGCUCGCUGCCACGCCACAUUUCAAGAGAGGUUUCCUUACAUUCGCCUUCCUGAUUAUGUUUUGGCCUCGUCAGACGCUCCCACCAUGGAGGCGGAAGAUGGCCAGCUUUCCGAGGGACAGACAAAGGCACAGAGAGAGACGAUACGCGGUUCCCAUUUCCACUUCGCAGAUCUCAGCGACCAAACCACGCCGCAGCCAAAACCCGUCGCCAACUUCACUUCUCCCAACGAGUCACUCCCCGAAUAUGGAAGUGAAACAUCGGCCGGUUCUGCACAAUGGGACAGCCCCAAUUGCUUUUCUAGCGAAGACCCCUCAUCGCCUGACGUUGACUCUGCUGCUGGCUUCCCGGAUUUCCCAGACGGCGGCGUCGCGUUGCUACCGUCCUGCCUCAUGUUGGAUCUUGGACUGACGGAUGAAUCCGACAUGGCAACCCCGAGACCACAUUCGUGGCAUCUUGGGGCCGGCCUUAGCCAGGCGUUUUCUGCUAUUUCUACUGGCUUCGGUAGCAUCUCUGUCCACAAUGACCUUUUCGACCCGUCAAGAAUCGUGGCCAAUGCCGCCGUUGCGGACCCUUUUGCGACGCCUGCCAGCCAACAGGUUGAGACCGCGGCCAACGCUUCGCUUGCACCGCUCUCGCGCAGCGAAACGUGCAGGCGCCCUGUGGCCCAGCAGCAACCCUGGGCUGGGUUCCCCCGUUAUGAGGUCCCACUGAAUUUCAGCAGUGAUCGGUUGGUCCCCAAAUACUGGACCACCAAGCAAGGCAAGGAACGCUACCUUCGUCAGAAGCUUGGCUACCUCAAGUUGGAUGACGCCAAGUUGCGCUCUAACCCAGCUUUGGGCUCUAUCGCCCGCAAUCCCGUGCACAUAUUUGUCGACCUGUCAAAUAUCGUCAUCGGAUUUUACGACAGUAUGAAAGAGAGCCGGGGCAUUCCUGCCAGCAAGCGCGUCAUGGCUCCGGCUUUCUCCUUCAGGAACUUCGACACGAUUCUCACUCGCGACCGAAAUGUCGCCAAGAGGAUCGUCGCAGGUUCUAUGAGCAACUCGUACAACAAGCGAUGGCCUGGCUACAUGGUCCAGGCGCAAGAACUCAAGUACGAGAUGAACAUUCUGGAGCGCGUCCCGAAGCCUGCUUCACCGCAGCGCAAGCGCAAGCCGAAAGCUUCGAACCGUGAGGCUGACUCUGCUACGUCUGGACCUGACACUUCGGACAAUGACUCCCCCCUGGGACCCAUGAAGAAUGGUGAACAGGGCGUGGACGAGUUGCUGCAUCUGAAGAUUCUUCAGAGCGCGAUGGAUACGCUGGAGCCCGCUACCAUGGUGCUCGCUACUGGUGAUGCUGCGUCAGCGCAGUACUCAGAUGGGUUCAAGAAGAACGUCGAGAGAGUCCUUGCUAUCGGCUGGAACAUCGAGCUCUACGGCUGGCGCCGCAACAUGUCAUCGGCGUGGCGCGAUCCCAAGUUUGUCGACACGUACGGUGGCCGGUUCAAGAUCAUUGAGCUUGACGAGUUCUGCGAGGAGCUUUUUGACAUGACCAUCGAAUCCCUGGAGCAUUGA